AUGAAUCGGGCGGCCAAAAAUGCGCCGAUAAACGAAAAUUUUGCCACGCGAAGAGCGCUGGGAAUCGAUUACGGGCUCUCGAAGACCGGGUUGGCGAUAUCCAGCGGCGGGUUCGCGCCGAGACCUUUGGAGAGUUUGUUGUGUAAAGGCAAGUCGAGAGUGGAGUUGAUUCGAGAGAUUGUGGACGUGGCGGAAAGGGAACGGGCAGACGUGUACGUGGUUGGAUAUCCACGACAAACGCGAGAGGAGUUGGAAUUGCUCGAAGAAAAGAUACGAGAGGUGACGGAGAGUAACGCGCAGAACAAGGAGAAUAAAAAAGUUCCGAUUCGCAUGCAUCGAGUGUGCGAGCAGUUUGCGGAGGCGUUGGCGCAAGUCUCCACGACUGCCGAACGGAAAAUUCCGGUUGAAAUGUACGACGAGUCGUUCACGAGCGACGAGGCGAUGAGCAUGAAGCGUGGGUCGUUGGCGAGUGACGAUCCAAAGUUGGAUUCCAUCGCGGCUGCUUUGUUGUUGGAGAGGUAUUUCGAGCAGACGGAUGGAGAACCGAUUCGUAUUACGCCAUCUUCGUCGUCGUCGUCGUCUUGGGGGAAUAGAAAUAAAUAG